AUGAAUAAGCGAAAGAAUGAUGGGCCCGUCGAGGUACAGCGUCCAAAGAUGGUAAACAAGAGCAGGCGAGGAGGUUGCUCUGCUUAUUGUACUAUGACCUCCUCACGCGAACUCGCACGCUGGUCUGAUCACGGCAGUCCGGCAUGUUGCUCAGCGGUUGGCGAUGAGGCAAGCAGUAGUGGAGACUGCAUUUGGGAGAAAGCUAGAAUACUUUCCAGGACUCUAGUAUUUAGGUGGAGUCGAGGACCGCGCGAGCCAAGAGGAACCGUGAUUUUCAUAGCAGUGUCGGAGGUGGGUCCAAGCGAGACAGCAUAUCGAGAGCGUGUUCGUACGCAUAUUGUUGGCGGCUGUGAAGACAUACCACAACACAUAAAAAAUCCGUGUCAACAUUCAGCAAUAUGCAGUGUUCCAACAGCUCUUCUCGCUGUGCAGGUACAUCACACGACAAUGGGGAUGCUCCUGGCGAAAGGUACAACUGACCUGCCAAAGCACGCGCGUCGAGAGGACAUGGCGGAGGAGAGACAUACAGUAGCCACUGCUCAAGACUUGCGCGAUGGCAUCGUCAUCAUAGCAGAUGCAGCCAGGCACCGCACGUGUUCGCGAUCAGCUUUCUCAGUACACAUGGUCGCUCCAGCAGCAUGCACUCCUCACGCUGUGUGGCCAUGCAGCCAAACCAACGCUCGAACCCGUCAGUUACCGUCGACCGAAGACCAACGCAACAACGGCUUCGGUCAUCUCAACGAAUGCAAAUGCAUACCGAAGCGAGCAUGCCAGGACGAGGUCAGCAUCCUAUCAUUUGUGGCGUUCGUCUGCGAUGAUCAACCACGAAACAAAUCCUGCAUAGCAGUUGAACCGGCACAUCUUUUGCUACGAAAAAGACAAGCCCUCUUGAGCUUCACGAAUCUCAAUAGGGAAGAGCCUUUGCAAUCCGUUAGAUGGGUUAUAUUGCUCGCAAAACAUCUCCAUAAAGCUCUUGCGGCUGUCUAUUCAUCCAUUGUUGGGGUUUGUAUCCGGGGUUUCUUCAGUCACUUCACCCCGCUGAUCGCGAGGGGCGGAGUGUGUGACAGAGCCUCGGAUACUCCUUCACAUAAUGCACGCGACCCUAGACAGCUCAUCUUCGCCCUCUUCUCCAAAAUCACGCUCAUAAAUUCAACAAGACCUUUGUCAGCCUUGACGGUUUCCAAUGGGGCCACCAUUGCUUGCGCUCCUAAAAUUCAUGCUGAGGAUAAGCAUUGA